AUGAUCCUCUGCACAAGUCCCUGCCUCAGGCCACACGUUCUGACUGAUCCAAACCCAGCGCUGAGAGGACCAGGGGACAACAGGAACGCCACAGAUGUGACCGAGCCGAUCCUCUCCUACAGACCCGUCCCGAGGGCCGAGGACACGGACUCCAGCGGCCCCGAGCCUCCCGUCCCUCACCGUCCUUCCCGCCCCUCACCGUCUCUGCCGCCGCCAACGCCGCAAAGACGAGUCAGCGCCACCGAGGCGGAAGCAGAUUACCUCUGGUGGGAGAAAGGCCUCAGGACCCUGCUCUGGACAGAUUUUGCUCCGCACACACACGUGGAGCAGCAGCUGGGUCUGUUUGUUGUGUUCAGUGCUGCCCUGGACGUGGAGCUGUCGGAUGAUUCCUUCCCCCCAGAAGAUUUUGGCAUCGUCUCUGGCAUGCUCAACGUCAAGUGGGACAGGAUUGCUCCAGCCAGCAACGUGUCCCACACCGUGGUUCUGCGGCCUCUCAAGGCUGGGUACUUCAACUUCACCUCUGCCACCAUCACGUACCUGGCACAGGAGGGUGCCCAGGUGGUGGUUGGCUUCACCAGUGCUCCUGGGCAGGGAGGAAUCCUGGCUCAGCGUGACUUCGACAGGAGGUUCUCCCCUCACUUUCUGGACUGGGCAGCGUUUGGCGUGAUGACCCUGCCCUCCAUCGGGAUCCCUCUGCUGCUCUGGUACUCGAGCAAGAGGAAGUAUGACACCCCCAAGAGCAAAAAGAACUGAGCAGAGCCCAAUGCCAGCAGCAGCAGCAGCCCAGAGCUCGGGAAAGGACACCCCCAAACCCCCAAGAAGAGCAGCUGGGUCGGGAUCCAUCCCCUGCCAGGUGCUGCCUGCCUGGUGCUUCAGCCCUCUGGGCAAAGGAUUCGGUGGCUGCAGCAGCAGCUGUGAGGUGUCCUCUGUGUUCUAAUGGAGAAACAAGCAAAGAGAACAAGCAGAAGUCCCAAA